CCAACUUCCUUCGCUGGAAAAGUUGUUGCGCCAGGAUCAUGGGAAUCUUAAGGCCAUAAAAUGAGGCUUCACCUCCGUGGCUGCAGGCCCCUCAGCCCUCGGCGGGCGCACGUCAUCGUUGUCCCGUUGCUGCUGCUGCUGCUGGUGGUCGGUGCAGCCUUAACUUCUUUACUCCCCUCCCCUGAAGAUGGCGUCCUCGGUGUCCUCCGUCGCCGGGCCAACAUCUCGCGGGUCAUCCGGCCUGAGCGGUCCGACUCGUUCACCGUCAUCAUGCAGACGUUCAACCGCACUGACCUGCUGCUGAAGCUGCUGAACCAUUACCAGGCUGUUCCACACCUGCACCGGAUCGUUAUAGUCUGGAACAACGUCGCGGAGCCGCCACCGGUCAAGCUGUGGGACUCUCUGGGGCCUCAUCCUGUCCCAGUGGUCUUCAAGGAGCAGAGCAGUAACCGGAUGCGCAACCGGCUGCAGCCUUUCGCCGAGAUAGAGACUGAUGCUGUGUUGAUGCUGGAUGAUGACACACUUGUCAGCGCUCCUGAUAUCAGCUUUGCUUUCUCCAUCUGGAAGCAAUUCUCAGACCAGAUCGUGGGUUUCGUACCGAGGAAGCACGUGACCACGGCCUCUGGCGUGUACAGCUACGGCAGCUUUGAGCUGCAGGAUCCUGAAGUGGGUGGUGGAGACAGGUACUCCAUGGUGCUGGUGGGCGCUGCCUUCUUCCACCGCCGCUUCCUGGAGCUGUUCCAGACGCAGUCGGCCGAAGUGCACGCCCUGCUGGACGAGACACAGAACUGCGACGAUAUCGCCAUGAACUUUGUGGUGGCGCGGGAGCUGUCGCCUCUCGGGCGGGCGUCGGGGGUGUUUGUGAAGCCUGUGGACCUGAGGAACCUGGAGAAGGAGGCAAGCAGCGGGUACGUGGGCAUGUGGCACCGGGCGGAACACCUGCUCCAGCGAUCACACUGCCUGAACAGACUGGCGCAGAUCUACGGAGGAAUGCCGCUCCGCUACUCCAACAUCAUGAUCUCACAGUUCGGCUUCCCCAGCUAUGGCAACCACAAGGGCAGGAGCUGAUAUCCUGGACUGAGGUUUAGACAGGAGCCUUGAGGAGCUUCUUCUGGAACUUCUACCUUUCGCUACACAGAACAUUUACAGAACAAUUAGGGCUGUCUAGAUCUGAGCUGUAAGCUCAGUAUUGCAGUAUUUUAAUAGAUAUCGACUGUAUUAUACCCAAUCAAUUUCCAGUCUUUUGCCAAAGUGACAUUGGUUAAAAUCAGUCAUUCAGAGUGGUUAAAUGAGACAUUUAAGUCACAGUUGUUUACAGUGGUGGUGAUAGGAACCAGACGUCUGCAGCAUUGAUUACUUUUGACAGCUGCAUUACAGAAUGCUGUUAUAUGAAAUGGUUACGAAUACACUGCCUGAUAUCUGAGACGUUGUUUUAUUAUUGUUUGUGAUAAUUCUCGGCCUAAAAUCUGUUCAUUGAAAUCUUUUAGUGGCAAGUCGGGGGCCAACGAGGACCACAGGCAUCCUGGUACAAUCGCUGGCUCCCCCAGUGGCCCUCCUGGCGAGUCACAUAUCCAUGAUAUGCUGCAUAAUAUAUCUGAUUUAUUACAGUAGGUACAGUAGGGUUGUUGGAGUAUUUUAAAGUUGAUUUGGGGGUUUUGUUAGUCAAAAAAGUACAGAAGAAAACAUUUUUACCAUUUUCAUAUAUGUGAAGGUUCACUGGCGGUUUUGGAUAGUAAAUAAAAUGGCUAUAUUUGUGUUGUAGACAUGGUGACCCCUGGUUCCCAUCACCACCACUGUAAGAAAUCAAGAGUUGGUAAGUUUCUCUACAGCAAAUCAUUUCACAUCAAACCACUCUGAAUGACUUUGUUUACAUCUCAACAAUAGAACUUGGUAAAAUGUGGGUGAAUUUUGAAAAGAAAUGGUGGAAUUCUCCUUUAAGGCUAUUCUACUCCAUUUAUGCUGCUGUCAUAGAGGUUACAUAAAAGACUUUCUAUUGUUUGUACAUUAUCUAUAACUUGCAGCAGUGUUUUAAGUCAUAUACGUGCCAAUAUUUUGACUGCAGAUAAGCUAGCUGCCUUUUAUCAAAGCACAGUUAAACUAGCUACAUCAGCGUUCAUCUAAAAAUACUUUAAAAUUGUAUGAGUUGCACAAAAUUGACAAUGCAGUUUAGAAAAAAAUCUUUGACACUUCACACAGUUUUUAUAAUUUUUUUUUUUGGUUAAAUACUUGUGUUCAGUGCUGGGUUUAUUUAGUAAAUGUGUAUCUUGGUGCUGACAGAGAAAAUGCGUUUUUGACAGGUUCAGUGUUACAUAUAUAGCCUAUUAGGGAUGCACUGAUCUUACCUUUUUAUGGCUGAUUCAGAUUUUUCUACAGCCAACUUGGCUGACUUUUAUUAGCCUUUUUAAAAGCCAAAGCUCACACUGAGUGACACAUGAAACACAGCAGCACAUUUCCAGAACUUUGAUUAACAAGUAUAAACAGUGUAAACAUUAUUUGCUAUUUUUUCAGUUUUAAAUCGGUUCCCUAUUAAAAAAAACAUGAAUGAAAUAAGCUGCUAGAUUGAAAGCAACAUGGCGAAUGGAGUCGUGUAAUUAUGCUGUGAAGUUUUGGUGCAGGUGUAACAGCAUCAUUCACAUUACCCUCCUCACGUCUACCUCGUAAAACUGCAUCACUGCUCCUUCAGUAUUGGCCCAUUCUGAGGGUGCAUCCCUGUAGACUAUAUAUUGGCGUGUUCCAGUGCUCUCUGGGAAUUUAAUAAGUUGUGUGUUUUUGCUCUGCUACCCUGAAAGCAAGUUUAAAGCUCGCAAGGUUUUGUUGUUUGAUCAACAUGUUACUGUACAUCUCAUACAAAUCUGAUAUAUUGUCUUCUUCUCCUCACUAUUAAAUGCAUUUGACUUGU